CAGUCUCUGAAACUCAUCUCACUGAACGGCGAGAAAACAGCAGCAAAAGAGUUUAACUCCAUUAUCUAAUUUAAAAAAAAAAAGAAUAUAAACUUUUUACAGCACAGAGAAAGAAAUCAACAAUGUCCAACGAAGAAAUGACUACAUGCUACCAGAGACAAAAAAAAAAUAUUUCUUCAUCUGAAGCAGAAGAGAAAACCUCCUCAUCCUCCUCUGCUGAGGAUCAACCCCCCACAAUCAAGGGUGUCCUCUCCUCUCCCUCUUCUGACUACCUGAUUCUCUCUUUCCUGGGAGAGGGCACCUUCGGACAAGUAGUCAAGUGUAUAAAACAAGCCACAAACGAAACAGUGGCUGUAAAAAUGUUUAAGGAGAGAACCAUGACAAAUGAGGCCGUUAACGAGGUGAACAUGCUCGAGAAAAUUAGACAAUUUGAUCCGGACAGGUUUAACUUUGUCAGAUACAAUGAUACAUUUAUGUAUCAGCAGCAGAUGUGUAUUGAGUUUGAGAUGCUUCAAAUUAGUCUAUUUGAUUUUGUGCGCAAGAAACCACAUCGCUCUCUCACUGUGAAGGAAAUCCGUCCAAUCCUGCAUCAGGUUGCUAUAACACUAGAUAUACUACAAACCCAAGCCAUUGUACACACCGACCUAAAGCCAGACAACAUCAUGCUGGUGGACCAUGCAAAACAUCCCCUGAAGGUUAAAGUGAUUGACUUUGGCUUGGCCUGCCACGUCCCAGAACCAAAGCUCAGUUCAUACAUUCAAGCAUACGUUUACAGAGCUCCAGAGGUCAUUCUCGGGAUUCCUUUCACAUCAGCCGUUGACAUGUGGUCUCUCGGUUGCAUUGCCGCUGAGCUAUUCCUCGGCUCUCUGCUGUUUCCUGGAAGCUGUGAAUACAACAUGCUCCAACGGAUCAUUCAGACACGAGGACAAAUCCCACAGAGACUUUUAAAAAGAGCUGUGAAUACCAAGUUCUACUUCCGACAGAAGAGAACCAAAAGGAGGGGCCAUAAAUGCUGGUGGACACUGAAGACGCCCGAUGAGUACGGAGAAGACACUGAAGAGGAAAGACAGUAUCUUAACUCUUUGGAUGAUAUCCUGAAGAUUAGGCCCCCCUGUCAUCUGUCGGAUGAGGACACAAGAGCAGAACUCGAGGACCAAGAGGACUUUGUGGAGCUUUUGAAGCAGAUGCUCCAUAUAGAUGCAGACAAACGCAUCGGACCGAGCCAACUGCUUCAAGAUCCUUUUAUAACCAUGAAGUACCAAGCAGAGAACUACCCCACCAGCUUGUAUUUCAAAUCAUGUUGUGAAGCAAUGGAGGUCUGUCGGGAUCAGGAACCACACAGAUACACAGACGACAGUUCCCCUGCUUGGGAAAAUUACUGGGAGCACCCUCUUAUCUUAGACACUGCCUCAGCCUUGUCUACCAGUCUCCACAUCCAUGAAGACCAGAAAUCACCACAACCUGAGCAACUGACCACCUUAGCUAAUGACCUGCAGGAACCUAUGGUAAAUGAAGAUGCUUCUCGCAGAGGUGGCAGUGAACCUGUGAAAAAACGGAGCAGGUCCUCUUCUGGGGCUUUGCUUCAUCCUAAAAGAAGCCUGGAGAGCUUGUUACCAGCGAAGAAAAAAGCAAGAAUGGAAACAGAUUUUGUAACGGCCGAAACAGAAGUCCAAACUGACACUUCAUCCACUACGGUCUCAGUAAAACCUAUGAGAAAGAGGACCUGGGACACAUUUACAGCUCAACAUCCUAAUAGCAGAAGUUCAGACAGUGGUUCACCAAUAAGGAAGAAGAUUAGGAGGAAUCUAGAUCUCAGUGAUUCAAAGGAAGCUCCUUCUGAAGCCUUAUCUGAGGUCCCAGUCAGAUGUCAGAUGACGCGAAAGAGAAAGAGAAAUAUUGAUAAAGAUCAUGUUAGAAAUCGAAGUGAGAGCUGGUCUCCUGAGAUAAAGAGGAGAAAGAUAGAGCUUCACUGUGUGUCUCAGAAGGCUGCAGAACCUUUAACGAUGUCAAACAAGUCUCAGAAAAAAAGAAAGAGAAGUGAGGACAGAAACUCUCCUGAGAGAAAGAAGAGAAAGAGGAGUCUUUGUUGUGACUCCCAACAGGCUCAAUUUGAUGCCGAAUCAAUAAAUAUUCAAAAUGACUUCUGCAAAAAAAGCAGAAGAAAUAAGGACAUGGAUUCUCAGAGGAGAAAGCGGAGAAAGAUUGGUAGCAUUUCUCCUAACUCUGUGACAAUUUCCUCAACAACAAAACCACAAAACUCAGCAGCGGUUGCUCAAACUGUGAACAGAAAACACGACAACUGGAAAGGGAAGAGGAAAAGAAAAUGAUAUUUUUAUGUUAAUAUUAUUUUUAGUAGUAGCAGUAAUAUUAUUGAUGUUGUUGUUUUUGUUGUUGCGGUUCCAGAUAAAUUUGCCCCUUUGUUUGUAGAAGAUGUU